AUGUCCUCCAACGAAUUUCAGGACGCAACAGUGGCACUCAGCGUCGUUCGCAAAGUCCUCGACGUUGCACACACAUUUGAGGCUCAGGAAAAAUUUCCUCAAUACGAUCACUUUGCAAAUCUGUUCAAACAACGGUAUUUCGAAGAAGCUCUAAACGAGGCAGCCAUGGAUACUGUCGUGGACGCUCUUGACUCUGUGGGGGUUCCUCUGGAACCGGAUACCUUCAUCUCCAUUGGAAGCCGCUUAUGUGGUUCUUGGACAAAGCGACGAGCUACGAUAUUGCGGUGA